AUGCUUCACUCUAAACGCCAUCCAUCAUCGAAGACGAUGUUCACUGGAACUUCUGCCCCAACCCAAGCAUCUCACAAACGGCGUCGACUCAUCAGCCCUCCGCCUCAUCUUUCUAAUGACGAUGGCCCUUUGAAUCUGUCCACUCCAACCGGGCUAUCCGUGCUGACUCAAGGGUCGCCGACGGGGGAAUCGAAAGGAAAACUAGCAGCUACUGGAGGUCCUAAGAAUCCUAUCCUCACGAACGCUUAUUGUACUUCUUGUCGCCGAAUUCUGCACGCGACCAGAACGGGCAUCGUUGAGUGUGCGCGAUGCAACGCCAUCUCAUGUGCCAUUUGUUCCCGACGAUGUACUCAAAACAUUCCUUCUUAUCCUCCCACACCACAACUCUCGUUCACCCCGACACCAACCCCUUCCCCCUCCUUCCCCAUCCGACGCCUCGCUCUCCAUGCUGCCAACGACACCAACUCUCUAAGUGUAAAUCUCACGGCGAAAUCUGACGACGCAUCAAAGAAAAGGAAGAAUGCCACGAACGAUCGACCUCACGAUAAUGCUAGCUGCGCAGCCAAAUUCUUCGUCCGGAUACCCUUUGAGGAAAGUUCGCUCUUGACCUUUGCUGAUGGGAACGUGAAAGUCGACGCCGAUGGAGGGGGAUGUGGGAGAGUGGUGUGCAAGGGAUGUUGUUAUGAGGAUGGCGAGGCCGUCACUUGCUUUUCGUGUAACGGGACCCGCUAG